AAAAAAAAGAACGAGAGAGAGAGAGAAGAAGAAGAAGAAAGAAGAAGAAGAAGAAGAAGCUAAUUGUUGUUCGUUCGUCGCGUCGCAAGACGGACGCAGAACACAACCGUCGUCAUUGAGGGGAGGGAGGUCAAUUCCUUAUUAUUAUUUGAUUGUGUGAUCAAUUCCGCGAUCUCUCUCUGGGGGUACAGUUAGGUUUCUCAUCCGAAGAAAAGCCCUUUCCUUUUCUUUUUUCUCGGUCGGAGAAUUUUCCCAAAUGAAAUAGAAGUAACGAACGGGGAGGAAAAAAUAUAUAUAUAUAUAUAUAUAUAUAUAUCCUCGAGUUUUGGUGGUAGCUCAGAAGUUUUCUGCUUUCUUUCUCUCUCUCCAUGACACAGACUCAACGGGUCUUCCAAGCCUGGAAAGGAAGCAAUAAGUUCAUCCUUGGUGGGAGAUUAAUCUUCGGUCCGGAUGCUAAAUCAGUGCCUGUUACCCUACUCCUCAUCAUAGUCCCUGUUAUUUUAUUCUGCGUCUUUGUAGCAAGGCAUCUUCGCCAUGAGUUCUCUCCUUACAAUGCUGGAUACGCUAUCUUGGUCGUUACACUUCUCUUCACUAUUUAUGUAUUGAUCCUCCUCUCCUUCACAUCUGCACGAGAUCCCGGUAUCGUUCCACGAAACUCACAUCCACCAGAAGAAGAUCUACGCUACGAGACAACAGUAACACCAGACGGAAGACGAACACCGAGCGUUCAGAUUCCUAGAACAAAAGAAGUCAUUGUAAACGGCGUUGCCGUUAGAGUGAAAUACUGCGACACGUGCAUGCUCUACAGACCUCCUCGCUGCUCUCACUGUUCCAUCUGCAACAACUGCGUCGAGCGCUUUGAUCAUCAUUGCCCCUGGGUUGGCCAAUGCAUUGGCCAGAGAAACUACAGGUACUUCUUUAUGUUCGUCUCCUCAGCGACGCUUCUAUGCAUCUACGUGUUCUCCAUGUCGGCUCUUUACAUCAAGAUUCUGAUGGACCAUCAGCGCGGAACCGUGUGGAUGGCGAUGAGAGAAUCUCCUUGGUCGGUUGCGCUGAUGGCGUAUUGCUUUAUCGGGUUGUGGUUCGUUGGAGGGCUCACGGGGUUUCACCUGUACCUCAUCAGCACGAACCAGACGACCUAUGAGAAUUUCCGGUACAGAGCAAACAGCAGGACCGUUGCUUAUAACCGUGGCUGUGCCAACAACUUUCUUGAGGUGUUUUGCACGAAGGUUAAGCCCUCGAGGAACAACUUUAGAGCUUUCGUCGAAGAAGAGCAGCAUCCGAGAGGAGUUGUUGUUGCUCUGCCAACAACGACCACCACCGGAGAAGCAGCAGAGGAUGAAAAUGGAGGACGGAGAGAGAAAGUGGAGGACGAUCUAGACAUUGGGGAUGAUCUGAUGAAUAUAUCGCAGCGGUGUAAUCCAGCAGAGGGUAGCAAUCACGGUUUGGAUAUUGACCAGUCGAUUCUUGGGGUUGCUGAGAGAGCGGCUACGAUAAGGACAGAGACAAGGCAUGGAAGCUGGGGAAGUGGAAGAAGUGGGAGCUGGGAUAUAGAAGCAGAUGUGAGUAAUUCUAAUGUCAGGGAGAGACCAAGCUAAAGAUUUGGAGGUGGUCUCUUUUUUAGGACAGAAGUCAGAAGUAUCUGAUUUGGUUUUGGGGGGAUUUGCCAGUCAGUUCAUGUAAUCUUUUGAGUAUAGUCCCUUUUCUAAUCUUCUUUUCGCUUCCUUAAUUGUGUAAUAAUUGUGAUAUUAUGUUGAUAUUAUGGUGGAAUUCCAUUUAUGUAUUUGCGUUGAAAAUA